AUGGCAGCGACUUACGAUGAGCUUGUCUCUGAACGGCGGUUCCACGAGGUGACAUACACAAUGGUCGUGUUAGCCUCACUCUUCACCAUUGCACGCGGCGGCAUUCAGAUAUGGAAACGAAAAGCGAUGCAGUUGCAGGACUACCUCAUUUAUGCUGCCUAUCUAUUCUUUCUUAUCAUGUCAGUCUGCUAUCUCGUCAUCAUACCGAAAAUCUAUAUGAUCGGAAGGGUUACGAACGGCUCCAUGGCUCCAUGGGCGACAAUGGCAGCAGAUGUCGUCAUGUACAUUCGUGUAAUGUUCGUGACAACUAUGUUCUUCUGGAUGUCGCUGUGGCUGGUCAAGCUAUCUCUGUUGGCGCUGUACAAGAAGCUGAUGACAGGCCUUCCGAUGAUAUAUGUACGGCUUUGGUGGGCAGUGUUCAUCUUCUGCCUUAUCUCGCUGGCUGGUUGUAUGGUAUCCUACUUGACAUCCUGUCCUGACUUCGCAGCAUCCAUGCGGACUGGGGAGUGCUCAGGGCCUCGAAGUCUUCGUGGCCAGUUGGCUAGCCUGUACACUUCAUACACUGUCGAUAUUUUAUCAGACUUCAUGAUCAUGCUUCUACCCAUACGACUGGUCUGGAACCUUCAAGUCCCACGGGGCCAAAAGAUAGCCAUCAUCGCGCUGUUUGCAUCCGGUUUCAUAUGCAUAGCUUUUGCAACUCUGCGAGUGGUACAGAUCGGUCGACAGACGGGCGACACCAACACUCCCAACCCAACCUGGCUCGCUCUUUGGACAAUCAUCGAAACCUCGAUCGCCAUAUGCAUUGGCUGCUGCCCUGCCUUUGCCGUACUUUACCGCACCGCCCGCACUUCUCGUGUUUCAUAUGAUACACACGGCUACUAUCGACAUACACAGAGCCGAUCGGGUGGCAGCCAGCUUCGCCCUGAUAUAAUCAGGAUGAACACUGUAAACGUUGGUGCUGUUCGUUCUCGGAUGUCGAGGAAGGACCCGUACUGGGACGAUACAAGGAGCAGUCAAGAAGCACUUGCGGCUGACAACAAAGGCAUAAUGGUAACAACAACGCUGCAUCAAGAUCACGAACAUAGCGACGCUCACACGAUGCCCGUAUCCGCCCGAGUCUCGCAACAAUGA